AUGAAAGGCUUCUUGAUCACAUGUGUCCUUUUUGGGGUGCUGCUUUUGCAGACUUCGGUGCAAGGUGCACCAAAUACCGGUGAUGUCCUAAAACCAGACACUGCCGGAAACAGUGGUGGAAAAGUUUCAGCCCAAAUCCUCAGUGGCUCCAAAGCCACUCCAAAACAGAUCCCUUGGCAUGCAUUGCUGGUCAUUGACUCUUCAAAAGUUUGUGGAGGAUCGGUUAUUUCCAGCUUAUGGGUCGUGACCACUGCGUCUGUUGUUAUGAAGUCAAGAACUAUCGUCAUCCAUAUCGGAGGCGUUGACUACUACAAUAAAUAUGAAACUGGUGAAGUGGUGGUGACCACAAAAACGUAUAUUGUUCACGAAAAAUUCAACAACCGUUCUUAUAACAACGAUAUCGCCGUUGUAAAGAUUACGCCAAAAGAACUUUUAUUGAGUGAAUACAUAAGACCCAUCAGACUUCCGAAGAAUUCACAAGCCACCUUAACUUUUGCUGGUCUAACUAUGCAAGCGUGUGGAUAUGGGAAAACCGGUUCUGGAGGUGUCAGCAGUAGCUUGAACUACGUUAAUCUGAUCACAAUGGCGAAUGCGGACUGUGUGAAAGCUUUUAGUUCCUAUUAUGUGAUUUCCUCUACUAUAUGCACCGCUGUUGACGCGACUAAAGCAAUUUGUGAUGGAGACGUUGGCGGUUCUUUGGCUUACAAGGAAAGUGACGGGAACUGGACUCUAAUCGGAAUCGCCUCAUUUCAAAAUCAAAGAUCGUGUGUUAAUUACCCGGCCGCAUACACCAGGGUUCAAAACUUCCUUGACUGGAUCUCCAAAAAAACCGGCAUUGUGAUCAGUCCGUGA